AUGGCACAUUCCCGCCCCAUCAACGCAGACUCCCUUUCUAUUAUCCCCCUCCUCGAAACAUGCCGAGAUUUCCCCGUCCUCAUGACAGAAGGCUGGGCUGUUAGCCAACUCCUCAAGUAUCAAACCAACUGGACGGUUAGGCUCCGCCUGGGACUGACAUCUAACGGUCUCCUGGACGAAGAUACCCUACGACGGGAGACGCAGCUUCGAAGCGUUAUACCGGAGAAUGUGCGACAAUUGAGGCCAUCGAAACGCCCCGAGUUCCCCAGACCGAUAAGCACAGGGUACUAUAUGGACGAAUAUCACGUUUCGGAUUCCGCCUACAACAGGGAUGUUUGUUCCGAAUGGAAAGUGCAGGUGAAGAAAUCCAAACAGACGGUGGAGAGAUGUCUUCGGACGUUACAGUUUUUCGGCAAUAUGCUGGAGGCUACGCAUUAUCGGCAUUUGUGCCAGGUGCCGGAUUCCCGAUUUGGGAUGACCGAGUAUAUUCAUUUGAUCAAUCGGGGGUAUAGAUGUCGUGAGGAUUUGGACGUGGCGGGGUUGACAGACUUGAGGGAGAGGGUGCUGAGGGUGAUUCUUGCGGGAGCGCCGAGGAUUACGGGGGAGAUGAAGAAAGGGCUUUUGGUGAAGGCGAGUGAGUUUUCGGAUGCGAGGAUGCAGCCGAUUUUGCAGGUGGUGUUUCAGGUCUUGAGCAGGAAGAAUCGAUUUGAUUUCUGGGCAAAACGGGCUGCAUAUAACAGGGCAGUGACUCGAUCGGAAAUCUUCUGCUAUGUUGAAGGACGAGGACGACCGGUCUCGGGGUCUCUGAUCAAUGCGCGAUGGCCUGUGGCCCCGCUGCUGGCCGAAGGAGAACAGACCUACAUCUGUCCUUUCUGUGGGGAUACCCUACUCCGGGCUGAUGCCGAGCAUGGGAACUGGGAGAUCCACGUUUCGCGCGACCUCGCCCCAUACACCUGCUUCGUUUCCGGGUGCAAGUACGACCCAUUCCGCAGACGAGACGAAUUGCAAACCCACAUGGAGGUCGAACACGGAUGUGAAGAAUACUGGAAGUGUUUCCCGUGCGAGAGGCUCAACAAGUAUCGAGAAUACAGAACCAAAGACCGUCUCCUGAAGCAUCUGUAUCGGGCUCAUCCGACGUUUGAUUGUAGUCGGGAGACAGGUCGUCCCCCUGUUAAGCUCACGCGACCAGCAGGGAUUAGGGAAUGUCCGUUGUGCUUUUUGAAGAGAGAUGACGCGACAGAUCCGGAGCAGUUGCUUGAUCAUAUUGAGCGGCAUUUGAGGGAUGUUGCUUUGUUGGCGUUGCCGGGGGUGGAGAUUUCUGCUGGUGGGGAUGAUGAUUAUGAUAUGGCGCUCGAUGGGGAAGAUUCGUGGUGA